GACGACAAACGGACACGAGACAGCGGUGAAAAUAAAGACAGAGGCUAAUAAAAGAGAUAGAGAGAGAGGUAAAGAAGUAGAAAAAAGAAAGAGUGGGCGGUUUAAAAAAGUGGAGGGGAAAAGAGCGGGUGUAGAUAAAAAAAAAAAAUUUUUUUUACCAUCAGGGAGGGAGAUCACAGUGGCAGCCUGACGAGUAGUGAGAAUAAAUAGUGACGAAUAUAAUUAUUGUUUGACGAAUCAACGAAGCAUCGAACAACGAGAGACCGAUCGCGAUUUUUAACGACAUUCUUCACGGCUGCUUCAUUAUUAUUGUUAUUAUUUUAAUAUUUUAUUUACUGACAUACUGGAAUUUUUUUUUUAAAUUUAUAACUGCGUUUUUAAGACGGAUUUAUUUGUCAUACAAGCAACUUUGUAAGUGGAAGAGAGAGGGAGAGACUCUCUUCUUCGAACGAGUGCUUAUUAAGGCAAAGUGUGCAAGUUCCCCGUUAAUUACUACACCUUAGGACUACUUUGUUAACGCUAUUUUAAACAAAAAGUAAAACAAGGAGGAAGAAAUAAAAUAGUUAACCGAAAAUAAUAGGGCGCAAAAAGGCGCUCGUCAGUUUGAAUGUUGCCAUCAGGAGAUUUGUGUAAUUAAAGUGACACCAGCCGGAAUAAUUUAUUAUUUAAAAUAAAAAAUCUAAAAUAAGGGUGACACCCCGUUAUCACAAUGGGGGUCGCCGACGAUUUCGCGCCCAGCUUCACGCAGAAGCCUCAGCUUCGGCAGGAGGAUGAGGGCAAUCGUCUUAUCUUCGAGUGUCAGCUCGUAAGUUCUCCGAAACCCGAAAUUUCGUGGUUUCGCGGCGAUGAACAGCUGAAAGAGGACACUCGGACGAAUUUCAAAAUUCAAAGUGUCGGGACCAACAAGUUCCUCGUUGUUCUUGAGAUUGAUGAUGUUAUUGAAACGGAUGCUGGACUCUACAAGGUCAAGGCCAUGAACAAAAUGGGCGAGGUCGCUGCGUCGAUCAACUUGAACUUCAGUCCAAUGGACGAGCCUAGAGAAAAACAAAUCGACGGUAUCGCACCGACUUUUGCGAAAAAACCGGCUAUAAGACAAGAAGAUGAUGGAAAAAGAUUACUAUUUGAAUGUCGUAUUACUGCUGAUCCCACACCUAAAGUUUCGUGGUUUCAUGAUGGGAAUCUCGUUAAAGAUUCACCGAGACACAAGUUGUCUGUUGACAAAGACGGACAUUCAUACUUCGCAACACUUGAAAUUAAAAAUGUGACAGUAGAGGAUGCUGGAAAAUACAAAGUCACUGCGAAAAAUGAACUCGGCGAAUCCAAUGCCACGAUAUCUCUAAACUUUGACAGCGACGAAGCGCCUGUUCCUGAUGACGGGAUCAAGCCAACAUUCACUGAACGACCUGUGAUCAGACAAUCUGACGAUGGCAACACGAUUACCUUCGAGUGUCGAUUAGUAGGAGACCCAAAACCCGGUGUCAAGUGGUAUCAUGGGACCAAUGAGAUAAGAGAUAAUGCAAGAUACAAGAUGUCUCUGGAACUAGAUCAAAAAUUAUACUAUCUCGCAAGGCUGCAGAUAAAUAAUGUCGCUAAAUCUGACAGCGGCGAAUACAAAGCUAUUGCGAAAAACAAACAUGGCCUGGGCACAGCGACCAUAAAUCUCAAUUUUGAAGGCGGGGAUAAACCUAAAAUACCCGAUGGUAAAGCCCCGCGUUUUCCAAAAAAACCAACAAUACGUCAAGAAGGCGACCUUCUGAUAAUGGAGUGCAUCCUGGAAGCUCAUCCAGUUCCCGACAUCACUUGGUACCAGGGCCAGAAAACGAUAAACGGAAGCUCUCGCAUAAAGAUGUUCAAAAAAUCAACCGGCAAGGACACGUACCUGCUUACCCUAGAAAUUUCAAACCCAACAAAAGGAGACGGUGGAAAUUACCGGUGCAAUGCGUUUAACAAUUACGGCGAGAGCAAUGCCAACAUCUCGCUUAAUUUCCAAGAAGAUGCCGGCGGAUUCGCGCCCUCAUUCAUCGAGAAGCCGCGCAUUAUUCCAAACGAGAGUGGCACAUUGAUCACGAUGAAAUGUAAAUGUAAAGCUAAACCAAAGCCCGAAGUCACGUGGUUCCGCGGUAAUAGUGCCGUUAAACAGUCGUCAAAAAUUACAAUAAAGUGCAUUGACGUCGAAGAAGAUGUCUAUGAACUUACAAUGGAAAUAAAAGAUCCAACGGGCCCAGAUGGUGGGACUUACAGAUGUCAUGUACGAAAUGAAUUCGGGGAGAGCAAUGCCAAUUUGAAUCUUAAUAUUGAGGCUGAACCAGAGCCCGAAGGCGAUGGUCCGACUUUCGUAGAAAAGCCGCGAAUCCAAUCGCAGGAUGGCGGGAAAGUUGUUAUUAUGGAUUGUAAAGUCCGAGCUAAACCUAAACCGGAUAUUGUAUGGACACAUGCUGGCAAAGUUGUCAAGGAAUCAUCUAAAAUAUCGCUCAGUGUCGUUCAGGAGAAAGAAGAUAUCUAUUAUAUUAAACUGAUACUUAAUGACCCGGGUGCUGAUGACUCGGGACUGUACAAAUGUAAUAUAAAAAAUACCUUGGGAGAACUUAAUGCCAAUCUCACCUUAAACGUGGAAAUUAUUCCGGUGAUAAAAGAAAAGCCCAAGGUGGUUAAAAUUAUUAAGAAGAAGACGGUGAUCGUCGAGUGCACUGUCCUGUCUAAAUUUGCGCCGGACUGUACUUGGUUUAAAGAAACUCAAGCUGUUAAAGAAGACGAAAGACAUAAACUGCAUGUGGAAAAAGUUAAAGAAGGAGAGUUUGCGGUUAAAUUGGAAAUCGAACAGAUUUCGACCGCUGACAAGGGUAAAUACAAAUUGGUAGCGAGAAAUGAAAAAGGUGAAGCUACGUCACAAGUUGUUGAGGUCGCUGAAUUACCAGAAGAAGUUGAAAAACCAAAGAUUGGCAGUGGAUUACAAUCACGGACUGUCGAAUAUGGAGAAACUGUGGAAUUGUCGGCUUCUCUUACACGUCAAAAUAAAAAAGUCACUAUCGAGUGGUACAAAGACUCGACUAUAAUUACAAGUACAAAGAAUAUAAGCAUUUCAUUUAAUGGAAUUGAAAUGAAGUUAGUAAUUACCAAGUCAACUGAAGAAUUCUCUGGUACUUACAAAGUGGUCGUCUCUAACGAAGCGGGCAAAGAUGAGUCGAGUACGACUGUAACGGUCAAGAAGCGCGAGGAAAAGAAAAAAGAGGAAGAAGAAGAAGAAAAGAAGAAAAAGAAGGUUGAGAAGAAGAAAAAAGAGGAAGAAGAAAAGAUUGAAGAAAAGAAAAUAGAGGAGAAGAAAAUUGAAGAGAAGAAAAAAAUAGAAGUUAAAAAAGUUGAAGAGAAAAUGAAAAUAGAAGAAAUAAAAAAAGUUGAAGAGAAGAAGGAGUUAUCAGUGUCUGAAUCAAACGGGGAUCAUGAUCAUGAUGACAGUAGUAGUGAAUUGAGUGAGGAAGAAGAAAGUGAUGAAGAAGAAAUAGAGGAGGGUUCGGUGAGUGUCGUCGAGUCCAGCAUUACAGAAGCUAUCAUUGACGAACCUAAGUCCGAAGCUUCUGAUUAUUUUGUUAUCAUCGAGGACAAGCCUGAAACCAAAACAAAUGGUAUCGACAAACCCGACAAGAAAUCUGAGACUUUGAAAAAAGAAGAAGAGUCUAUUAAAAAUGGCGAAGCAGUUGAAGAAAGAAAAUCUAUCAAGAAGAAAACUGAACUUAAACCAGAAGAAAAGAAAGAACCUGAGAAGAAAACUAUUAAGAAGAAAGAACCAGAAUCGAAAGAUAUCUCUCGCGAAACUACACCGAAACCCGAAAAAAUUUCAUCUCGUAAAACAUCGAUCAGUAGGGUAGAAGAAUUAAAAACAGAAAGCCGCAGAAGCUCUCUCGUCUCCACUACUGAGGAAACGAUCUCUGAAAAUGGUUCUCCCGUAUCCAGUAGACGGUCGUCAGUCCAGCAGGUUGAAGAGAAAAAAUCCGAAAGUCGGCGGUCUUCAAUUAUGGAGAAGACUAAAGUCACGGAAAAGAAAACAAAACCGGUGGAUAAAUUGAAAUCUGAGGCAAGUGAGGAACUGAAGGAUAAACCAGACUCUAAAUCUAAAUUAUCCGCGGAUGAACUAACGCCGAAGAAACGGUUAUCAAUUUCGAAGAAGACACCGGAAAAUGAAUCAAAAGAGGCCAAACAGGAAGUAACACCCGUUGAUGCCAAAGUGGCAAAGCCUAAGGAAGAACCGAUUCCAAAACCAAAACCCACCCUUGGCAAACCCGAGGAGUCCAAGAAGGAUGAGCCUAUUAAACUUAAACCCAAAAGUAAUCUUCUUAAACCCGAAUUGAAGAAAGAAGAGGCUGUACUACGACGAACGAGUUUGAAACCUGUUCAAAAGCCGGAAGAAAAAGAACUGAACAAGGUCGAACUAAAGCAAAUAAGAACCAAUGGUGAUGACACAAAUGAAAAUUCAAAUCGUAAGCUCCCGAAGGUGGCAGCUAAAUUCGAGAACUUCCUGAGUGUACAACUAAAACCCGUAACUAAAGACUCUAAAGCGCCUCAGACGGCAGAACAUGGCUAUAUAGUCGAGCUUAAGAAAACGGAAAAAAGCAAAGUGGACGAAAAGAAAAAGUCAAAAACAUCAAAAGCAGACAAAGAAAAAAGUUAUGAGCUUCCGGAAAUUCCCGACUAUGAGCGUCCAGUUUUGGAAAAACCACAAGAAUUUGAAUUCGGUGAAUAUGGGGGCCGUGAGAAGACCAAACUUGAGCGACCUGCUACUCAGAAAUUCGAUUCAAAGCCAAAGUUACCGGAAAUAGUUGCGCCUCAAGAGACACCAAAAAUCGAAGUUAUUCCUGAGACUACCCCAGUUAGCAGCAGAAGACCGUCACUUAUACCUGGAAGUGGUGCAAGUAGUCGUCGCGGUUCGUUAAUUCCUCCCGAGGAAUUGGGACGUAGGCCCAGUCUUAUCAUCAGCGACGAGGAGAAUAGAAAGCUGCGUCCGGGUGAGGUGAUUGAAGAGAAGAAGCGACGUCGUCCGAGCACGGACUUAAGGAGACCAAGCGUGGCGGACCUCGAGAAUAAGAUCAACCAGCCUAGCACACCACUCCGCGAUGUCGGACCAGGUGGACCACCGUCAAUUGUCGAUGUCCAGGAGUCAUACUCCGCCGUCGAAGACUCGACGGGUUAUCUCACCGUUCAGGUGGAAGGAACACCCGCUCCCACCUUCAAGUUCUACAAGGGUAUGACCGAAAUAAUUGAGGGCGGUAGAUACAAAUUUCUCACUGACAGCGAGACAAACUCCAUCACACUGUGUAUGCGAAAAACAAAACCCAACGAUGAAGGAACAUAUAAAAUUGUCGUCAGUAAUAUUCAUGGAGAAGAUUCUGCGGAGAUGCAACUUUACGUCUCCGACGCAAGUGGUAUGGAUUUCCGAACGAUGUUAAAAAAACGAAAAUACGCAAAAUGGGGUAAAGAAGAUCCAGAUCAAGAGAAGGUAGACCUGAAAGAGGUUGAGAAACCUAAGCCAGCUUUGAAAAAAGUCGAAAGAAAGCAAGACUCAUUCUUAAAACCUCUGGUUGACCAAUACGCCAAAGAGGGUAAAGAUAAGAAGGUGACGUUUGAUGCGAACUUCUCUAAGCCGAACGCUAAACCUAAAUGGUUCUUCCGUAAAGAUGAAUUAUUCCCAUCAUCGAAAUACAAAUUCAAAAAUGAAGAGGAUUCGUACCAACUUAUUAUUUCAACUCCUAAAGUUGAAGAUACCGGUAAAUACACAAUUGACAUCGGUGGAAUAUCAUGCACUGCUUUCUUGACCGUUGACGAACCCGAUCCAUCUUACACUUUUAUCAAACCGUUGUCGAAAGAAACCCAGGGUUACUCAUUGCAUGAAGCUUAUAUGGAGUGUACUUUGAGCUCUAAUUUGGCUCAGGUCACUUGGUACAAAGGAAAAACAAAACUUGAGGAUGGAGACAUCUACAGUAUCUCUAAAGACAUGUCAGGUGUCUGUAGAUUGACAUUGAAAAAUGCUAAAUUGGAAGACAGUGGUGAAUAUAGUUGUAAAAUAAAUAAACAGAAUGAAAAGACCGAAACUACUCUGAAAAUUAUCGAGUAUCCAUACAAGUUUGUAAAAGUACUGAAAAGUCAAGUGGCAGUUGAAAAAGACACAAUUACGUUACUUUGCGAGCUUGAUGACGCUGCUGGUGAAGUAAAAUGGUUCAAAGGUGACCAAGAAGUCACUGGAGACAAGAGAAUUCAAAUAAAAGUCGAUGGACGGAAACGGAAACUCGUUAUCAAAGAUUGCAAAGUCACAGAUGCUGGUCAAUAUUCAUGUGUUAGUAAUGCCGACAAAACGGAAGCUGAAAUUGUUGUCAAUUAUUUGAACAGUUUCAACAAGAAAUUAAAAGACACAACAGCUAUCGAACGUGAGAAAUGUGUCCUCGACAUUGAACUCCAAGACCAAACGGCUUCAGCUGAGUGGCUGUUUAAUGGAAAACCGAUCGAAACGAACGACCGUGUCGAGAUAAAGAAUCUUGGUGGCGGUAAACAUCAAUUGGUCUUCAAUAAAGCCGAAAUGACCGACGAGGGUGAAAUCACCUGCAAGAGCGGUGAGCUUUCGAGCAGCUGUAAACUGACAGUUCGUAAGGGUGAGAGUAAACCGAUCGCUGAGAUUCCUGACAAGGUAGAAGGACCUUGUUCAGCGCCGAUUGUUUUCAUUAUUCCUUUCAAGAUUGACGGAACUAAACAGACUCCUGUUGAAGCUAAACUUAUGAAAGACGGCAAAGCUCUGCCUCUAAAAGAUGUGGAAGUCAUUGUAGGGGAAGACAAAAUAACAUACAAGAUAAAGAAACCACAGCGUAAUCAAUCGGGGAUUUACCAGGUCAACAUCAGCAAUGGACAGGGUGAAGAAGUUAAAGAUGUCAAUAUAGUUAUGCAAGACGUUCCUUCUCCUCCACGAGACGUCGACGUGUCUGAAGUAUUCGCUACUUCUUGUGUCGUGUCUUUCAAACCUUCUGAAGACGAAGGAGGCUCGCCGAUCACCAAGUACGUCGUCGAACGAUUGGAUAUGAGUUUGAAGAACCAGUGGGACAGCGUGGGUGAGGUAAUGCCUGGUGAGAAAUGUGUCUACAAGGUCGAAGAUCUUAAAGUAAAGAAAGAAUACAAAUUCCGUAUUCGCGCUGUCAACAAAAUUGGUACGAGUGAACCAGCACUCUUUGGCAAACCGGUGUUAGCUAAAGAUCCAUGGGACGAACCUGGCAAGCCAGGCAAUGUCGAAGUAGUCGACUGGGAUGUAGAUCACGCGGACUUGAAAUGGACGAAACCUGAAAGCGAUGGAGGAGCUCCGAUUACUGGUUACAUUAUUGAAUACAAAGAAAAGUUCGGCAAAGAGUGGGUAAAAGGUAAAGAAAUUGACGGCGAUGUAACUUCAGGUACCAUUGAUGGGCUAAAAGAAGGCACGCAGUAUGAAUUUAGAAUUCGCGCGGUCAAUAAAGCUGGACCGGGUGAACCUUCAGACGCGACGAAACCCAUAAUAGCUAAGUGCCGAUUUGUUAAACCAUUUAUUAUUGGCGACCAGUUAACUAACUUAGUGGUUAAAAAGGGACAAGUUAUUAAAUACGAUAUUAAGUAUGGCGGCGAGCCGGAUCCUGAGGUCCACUGGUUCCUGGGCUCAAAGGAAUUGGCUCAGGAUUCUGCGGAAAGAAUAACUAUUGAUAAGUAUGAGCGAAAUACUGUGUUGACAGUACGUAAAACUGUUCGGGCUGAUUCUGGUAAAUAUAAACUGGUAUUGAGCAACGGCUCAGGUGAGUGUGAAAGCACAGCUGAUGUCGUGGUGCUAGACAAACCCACACCACCAAUGGGACCACUCGUUACUGAAGAAGUCCGCUCUGACCACAUCACCGUCAAAUGGAAGCGGCCUCAAGACGAUGGAGGAACUGACAUAACCGGUUACACACUAGAAAAAAUGGAUUUGGACACCGGAAGAUGGAUCCCUGCUGGAGAAGUCGGUCCCGACAAAGACAGUUUUACCUUCCAAGGACUUACGCCCAAUAAAAAGUACAAAUUCCGGGUGAAAGCUGUCAACAAAGAAGGUGAAUCUGAGCCACUGGUUACUGACGAAGCCAUCUUAGCUAAGAACCCAUAUGAUGAGCCAGAUAAACCCGGAAAGCCUGAGAUAUUUGACUAUGACAACAUGAGUGUGUCAUUGAGAUGGGCUAAGCCUGAGAAAGAUGGUGGGCGGCCUAUUACUCACUACGUUAUUGAAAUGAAAGACAAAUUCUCACCUGACUGGACUGAAGUCAUGAAGACCACAGACGCAACACCUGAAGCUAAAGUCGAAGGCUUAAAAGAGAAGAUGGUCUAUCAGUUCAGAGUACGUGCUGUCAACAAAGCUGGCUCUUCACAACCAAGUGAACCCACUGACAACCAUAUCUGCAAGCACAGAAACUUGAAACCGAGAAUCGAUCGUACAAACUUGAAAUCGGUUGUUAUCAAAGCCGGACGUACUCACAAAUGGUCAGUGGAUGUCAUCGGCGAGCCUCCUCCAACUACCAACUGGAUAUGGAGAGACAACAUCCCUUUGACUACGACAGAACGCAUUAAGAUUGACAAUGUCGAAUAUCACACAGACUUUUCGAUUGUCAACGCGACACGCAAAGACACCGGAAAGUAUACUCUGGUAGCUGAGAAUAUCAAUGGACGCGAUGAGGAAACUGUUGAACUGACCGUUUUGGGUAAACCUGAUGCUCCUGGUGGUCCACUUGUGGUAUCAGAUGUGACCAGCACGAGCGCUAAAGUAAAAUGGCAGAAACCGGAAGAUGACGGCGGUGUGCCGAUAAAAGAGUAUGAAAUCGAACGAAUGGAUACCAAAACUGGAAAAUGGGUUCGUUGUGGUAAAAUACCAGGAAAUUCAGACAAAAUGGAGUUUGAUAUCACGGGACUUAAUCCUGGUAGUCAGUAUAUGUUCCGCGUGACAGCAGUUAAUGAUGAAGGUGAUUCAGAACCAUUGACGAGUGACAAACCAACAUUGGCCAAGAAUCCGUUCGACGAACCACACGCUCCAGGCACUCCGCUGAUCACGGACUAUGACAAUGAAUCAGUCAGUAUCAAGUGGACGGCACCAGAUUUCGAUGGCGGAUCUCCAAUUGAAAAGUACAUUAUUGAGAAGAAAGACAGGUACAAGCCAGACUGGGAGAAGGCGAUGGAAGUCCCAGCUAGUGAGGGAUUGGCUGCGCGUGUUAUGGGUCUAAAAGAUCGUGCUGAGUAUCAGUUUAGAGUUAUUGCCGUUAAUAAAGCUGGUGAAUCGCCGCCUUCUGAUGCUUCUAAGAUGCAAAUGGUCAAACACAAAGCAUUGAAACCGAAAAUUGACCGUACAAACUUGAAGCCAAUAGUAGUAAGAGCUGGCAAAGCAAUAAAGUAUGAUGUUGAUGUCCGUGGAGAACCACCACCAGAAAUAACUUGGUACCACAAGGAUCAACUGGUGAAAUCAGGUGGAAAUAUCGAGAUCGUUAAUGUUGACUAUAAUACCAAGCUCAGCAUCAAUGACUCUGUACGAAAAAAUACUGGGGUUUGGAAAAUUAAAGCAGUCAAUGCUUCGGGAGAAGAUGAAGCCGAGGUAGAAGUGACUGUUCUUUCAGCACCGGGUCAACCCAAAGGGCCACUCAAAGUGUCGGAUGUCACUAAGAAUGGAUGUAAAUUGAAGUGGGAGAAACCAGAAGACGAUGGUGGAAAACCGAUCACUGGAUACCAAGUCGAGAAGUUUGACAAGACAACAGGUCGCUGGGUGCCAGUAGGCCGGACUAAUGAUACGGAAAUGGACGUUAAAGGUCUGACAGAGGGACACGAGUAUGAAUUCCGCGUGAAAGCUAUCAAUGACGAAGGAGAAUCUGAGCCUCUUAAUACAUCCGGAGGUAUUGUUGCUAAAAAUCCAUUUGAUUUGGCUGGCAGACCUGGAGUCCCGGAACUCGAAGACUGGGAUGUCGAUAGAGUUGAUUUGAAGUGGGCGCCACCCAAAACCGAUGGAGGCGCUCCUAUUACUGGAUACAUCAUUGAAAAGAAGGAGAAAUUUUCAACGCACUGGGAAGAAGCUACGGAGACUCGUUCACCUGAGCCUAAAGGUCGUGUUACGGGAUUGAAAAAAGGUUCAACUUACCAGUUCCGUGUACGUGCCGUUAACAAAGCCGGUCCUUCAGAGCCCAGUGAUCCUACGAAACCUCAUGUCGCUAAAGCGCGUUAUCUCAAGCCUCACAUUAAUCGUGACAAAUUACAAAUGAUCAAAGUACGUGCUGGCCAACAUGUAAAGUUGGAAGUUGAUGUUGAGGGUGAACCUCCUCCAACAAUAACUUGGGCACGUGGCAGUUUAGUUCUCGAAAAUACCCCGGAUUUGAAAAUCGAGAAUGAAGAUUACUUAACUAAGCUCAAUUUAUCUCACACGAGUCGUAAAGAUACAGGUAAAUAUACUAUCACGGCUGUCAAUGAUUCUGGCCGCGAUGAAGCUGAAGUGGAGAUAAUUAUAUUGGAUAAACCUGGCAAGCCAGAAGGACCUCUAGAGGUAGUAGAUGUUCACAAAGAAGGCUGCAAAUUGAAGUGGAAGAAGCCUAAAGAUGAUGGCGGUCUACCGCUAUCGAGUUACAUCGUCGAGAAAAUGGAUCUGGUGUCCGGAAGAUGGGUCCCAGCUGGCGUUGUGGAUCCUGAGAAAACUGAGCACGUUCUAACUGGAUUGGAACCUGGACACAAGUACGAGUUUCGCGUAAAAGCAGUCAACGAAGAGGGCGAAUCAGAGCCACUUAAUUCAGAAGGCGCUAUUGUGGCCAAAAAUCCAUUCGAUCCACCAGGUGCUCCUGGUCUUCCAGAAAUUACUGACUGGUCCGAGAACACAGUCAACUUGAAAUGGGAGCCACCGAUGCGUGAUGGCGGCGCUCCGAUAACUGGCUACAUUAUCGAAAUGAAAGAGAAAUUCGACACGAGUUUUACCAAAGUCGUUGAAACUUCUGGACCUAAAUGUGAAGGUAUAGUCCCGCGAUUAGUCGAGGGUAAUCAGUAUCAGUUCCGAGUGCGUGCUGUAAACAAAGCAGGACCUGGUGAACCCAGCGAAGCGACCAAUCCGCAUACUGCCAAAGCGCGAUGGUUGAAGCCGCACAUCGAUCGUACCAGUCUCCAACCGAUGACAGUUAAAGUCGGGCUGACUAUCAGCUUAAAUAUCAACAUAAUUGGCGAACCUCCUCCAAUAGUAAACUGGUUCUUCAAAGAUACUCAAUUGAAAACAGAUGAUAUUUACCGUAUCGACAACAUCGAUUACAACACCAAGUUCUUUGUAAUGAAAGCCAAGCGUAAGCACACUGGCAAAUAUACGAUCCGAGCGACAAAUGAAGUAGGUGAAGACGAAGCAGACAUUGAAAUUACUGUUGUCGGUAAACCAACGAAGCCCAAAGGGCCGCUCAGUGUUACUGAUGUUACUAAACAUGGUUGCAAAUUGAAGUGGCACCGACCGGAUGAUGAUGGCGGUUGUCCAAUCGAGUACUAUGAAAUUGAAAAACUCGAUCCGCUGUCAGGGGCAUGGGUUCCUUGUGCUCGUUCCACUGAACCUGAAGCCAAUAUUACUGGAUUACUUGAGGGUAAACCUUACAAGUUCCGUGUGAAAGCGGUUAACAAAGAGGGAGACUCUGAAGAAUUAGAAGCAGAUAAAUCAAUAAUUGCUAAAAAUCCAUUCAAUGAACCCAGUAAACCAGGACGUCCCGAACUCAAAGACUGGGACAGAGAUUUCGUUGAUUUGUCUUGGACUCCCCCGGAAGACGAUGGUGGAGCGGUUAUUGAAAAGUAUAUCGUGCAAAUGCGUGACAAAGAUGGAAGACAGUGGGUGGAUGCCGCGAUGGUCGUGGGCGAUAGAACUAAUGCCAAAGUAACUGAAGGAAUCGAACCGGGACAUGAGUAUGAAUUCCGGGUUGUAGCAGUCAAUCGCGCUGGACCCAGUGAACCCAGUGAUGUCUCCAAGAGUGUUGUGGCCAAACCAAGAUUCUUGGCUCCACGAAUUGAUAGAAAGAAUCUCGGAAAGAAGACAUUGCGCAUUGGACAAAUGCUGCGUCUUGAAGCUGAUAUCAAAGGCGAGCCGCCACCAAAAGUUACCUGGCAGUACAAAGACACGAUCCUAAAGCCUAUGGAUCGUUUGAAGAUCGACAAUGAAGAGUAUCAUACAUUGUUUAUUCUUAAUAAGCUUAAGAGAGCUGACACAGGAACUUACACCGUAACAGCGGUCAAUGACAGCGGAACUGAUAAAGUUGAUAUAGAAUUAAUAGUCCUGAGUAAACCAACGAAACCCAAAGGGCCACUAGAUGUGUCUGAUGUCACUGCAGAAGGAUGUAAAUUGAAAUGGAACCCACCGGACGACGACGGAGGUGAACCAAUCGAUCAUUAUAUCGUUGAACGAAUGGAUGUAGACACCGGAAGAUGGGUUCCCUGUGCCACGAGCAAAACACCUGAGGCUGAGAUUGGCGGAUUGAAUGAAGGCAAAGACUACAUGUUCCGAGUGAAAGCUGUCAAUGCUGAAGGUGACUCAGAGCCUUUGGAAACCGACCUUCCCACUACAGCUAAGAAUCCCUUCAAAGAGCCUGAUCCUCCAGGCAAACCCGAGCUCAAGGAUUGGGACAAACGGCACGUGGUGCUCAAGUGGAAGCCACCUAAACGCGAUGGCGGAGCGCCUAUUGAAAAAUACAUUAUCGAAAAGAAAGAUAUGUAUGGCAAGUGGCAGAAAGCAACUGAAGUUCCUGGUGAUAAGACUCAGGGAACAGUUGAAGAUUUAACCGAAGGACAGAAGUACCAGUUCCGAAUUAAAGCUGUUAACAAAGGCGGUGUUAGCCAGCCGAGUGAUCCUAGCGAUAUUCUAACAGCCAAGGACCGAUUUGCUGCGCCACGAAUCGACCGUACCAACCUCCGCGAUCUUACCAUCAAAGCUGGUAAUCAUAUCAAACUGGAUGUUAAAGUUUCCGGUGAACCUCCGCCAUCUAAAAUCUGGUGGCAUAAUAAAGUCCGUCAGGAAGACGGGGUCGCUGUCACAAUUGAAACUGAAGACUACCGCACCAAAUUUAUAGUGUCCUCGGCUACGAGAGCUAACUGCGGAACUCUGACUCUCAAAGCGGAGAAUGACUCCGGCAAAGAUGAGGCUUCCAUCGAAAUUUUGGUGCUGGACAAACCCGCCAAACCCGAGGGACCACUUAAAGUCAGCGAUAUACACAAAGAAGGAUGCAAACUCAAGUGGAAUCCACCGCUCGAUGACGGUGGUGUUCCAAUCGAGCACUACAUUGUGGAAAAAAUGGACACGGAAACCGGCAGAUGGAUUCCUGUCGGCCGUACCAAAGAUAAUAAUUUCGAAGUUGAGAAUUUGGUUCCCGGGCAAGAGUAUAAAUUCCGUGUGGCUGCGGUCAAUGCCGAAGGAGAGUCGGAACCAUUGGUAACUGACCACAGCAUCGUGGCCAAAAAUCCAUUUGACGAGCCAGGUGCACCAGGUCGACCAGAGGCCACCGACUGGGACAAAGAUCACGUUGACCUCAGAUGGACUCCACCGUUACAAGACGGCGGAUCUCCAAUCACUGGCUACAUGAUCGAGAAACGCGAGAAAGGCUCACCCAAGUGGACGAAGGCUUGCGAAACAAACAGUCCUGACUGCAAAGGACGUGCGGAAAAUCUUGAUGAAGGUGUUGAAUAUGAAUUCAGAGUAAGAGCUAUUAAUGCUGCCGGACCAGGUGAACCCUCCGACGCAAGUAAAUCUGUCGUAGCUAAAAGUCGCAGAGUACCACCUAAAAUUGACAGACGUAAUCUACGCGAUGUUAACAUUCGCGAAGGCGAGCGCUUCCACUUUGACGUUAAAGUCAUCGGUGAGCCAGCUCCUGAAGUCACCUGGGUUAUCAAUGACAAGAACAUUCAUAUAACGACACACCGCCGUGUCGUUAAUGAGCCAAAUAAUACUAAAUUUUUCAACGACAAAGCAGAGCGCAAAGACACGGGAAUUUAUAAAAUUACGGCGGUCAAUCAGUUUGGUAGCGACACUGCUGAAGUUGAGGUCACUGUUGUCUCAAAACCAGCGAAGCCCGAGGGACCUCUCGACGUGUCAGAUAUCCACAAAGACGGCUGCACUUUGAAAUGGAGAAAACCAAAAGACGACGGUGGAGAGCCGAUCGAAGGAUAUCUUGUGGAGAAAUAUGACCCAGAAACUGGCGUUUGGUUGCCAGUUGGCAAAUGUGCCGGCACUGAGAUGAAGGUUGAUGGCUUGACCCCGGGUCAUGAGUACAAAUUCCGCGUCAAAGCUAUCAAUUCUGAAGGAGAAUCUGAGCCACUGGAAACUUAUGGAUCCAUUAUUGCCAAAGAUCCAUUCACUGUACCAUCGGCACCUGGUGCUCCAGAGCCUACGGAUUGGUCAGCAAACACGGUUGACUUGACCUGGCGAGAGCCUUUCUCAAAUGGAGGCUCACCAAUCACUGGGUAUAUUAUCGAGAAGAAAGACAAAUACAGCGCGAUGUGGGAAAAGGCUUUGGAAUUGACUGAGCCAGUAACUGAAGCCCAUCUUACGGGACUUAUUGAAGGCAAUGAGUACCAGUUCCGUGUGAUUGCUGUUAAUAAAGCCGGACAGUCAGAACCUGGUGAUGUCAGCAAGACCUUCCUUGCUAAGCCACGAUUCCUUGCACCAAAGAUCGACCGAAGACAUCUGAGGGACGUGACUCUAUCUGCGGGUUCAACUCUCAAGUUUGACGCAAAUAUUAUCGGUGAACCAGCACCGCACGUAGACUGGCGUUGCUCAUCAAUACCAAUUGUAAAUGGAAAGACCGUCACGCUUGAAAAUCCUCCUUACAGUACGAAAUUAGUCAUUAGACCAGUAACUCGCGGUAAUACGGGCGAGUACGUUGUUACGGCAACAAAUACAUCUGGUAAAGACAGCGUGACAAUAAAUGUCGUUGUCACUGACAAGCCAUCGGCGCCUGAAGGUCCAUUGGAAAUCUCUGACGUGCACAAAGAGGGCUGCAAACUGAAAUGGAAACGUCCACUUGAUGAUGGCGGCACACCUGUCGAGUACUAUCAAGUUGAGAAGAUGGAUCCGGAUACCGGUUGUUGGAUACCUUGUGGACGCUCAACUGAACCUUCUAUAGAUGUUGUUGGUUUGACUCCAGGCAAAGAAUACAAGUUCCGUGUAUCUGCUGUCAAUGCUGAAGGUGAAUCAGAGCCAUUGACCGCCGAAGAAAGUAUCAUCGCCAAAAAUCCAUUUGACGAGCCUGGAAAACCAGGAGAUCUUAAAGCCACUGAUUGGGACCGAGACCACGUGGACCUGGAAUGGAAACCUCCGCUAGAAGAUGGCGGGUCACCGAUUACUGGUUACGUUAUCGAGAAGAAAGAUAAGUAUGGUGACUGGGAGAAGGCUUUGGAAGUUCCUGCGGAGAUGACUUUCGCAACAGUACCAGAUUUGAUUGAAGGACAACCGUACGAAUUCCGUGUUCGUGCUGUCAAUGCAGCAGGACCUGGUGAACCUUCAAAUGCAACUCCUACGAUCAUUGCCAAGCCACGCAAUCAACCACCGAUGAUUGACCGCACAAAUCUUGAAGAUAUUAAAAUUAAGGCAGGACAGAACUUUAGCUUCGAUGUUAAAGUUAGUGGCGAACCGCCGCCAACGACCACGUGGUUGCUGAAUAAUAGAGAAGUAUUCCCGUCAGAUCGUAUCAAGAUUAAGAAUGUUGACUACAAUACUAACUUGGGAGUACGAAUGGCGACGAGAGCUGAUUCAGGCAGAUAUACCAUCAGUGCUCAGAAUACCAGCGGCAAAGACACAGCUACUGUUAAGGUAACGGUGCUGGACAGACCUGGAACACCAGAAGGACCGCUCAGAGCCUCAGAUAUUCAUGCUGAGGGAUGUACUUUGACGUGGAAUCCACCGGAGGACGAUGGUGGACAGCCUAUUGAGUGCUACGUCGUUGAAAAAAUGGAUGACGCUACUGGAAGAUGGGUUCCAGCAGGUCAAACUGACGGAGCUGAAACUAGUUUACAGGUUGAUGGACUAACACCAAAACACAAAUACAAGUUCCGAGUACGCGCAGUUAAUAAACAAGGUAAAUCAGAUCCGUUGACGAUGACACAGAAUAUUGAGGCGAAGAAUCCGUUUGACGAACCGGGCAAACCUGGAACACCCAAGAUUGUCGAUUACGAUCGCGACUUUGUUGAGUUGGCUUGGAGCCGUCCAGUUGAAGACGGUGGAUCACCGAUCACUGGUUACAUCAUCGAGAAGAAGGAUAAAUUCAAUCCCAAUUGGGAAGAAUGUGCUAAAGUUGAAGGUGACGUUACUAGCGGACGAGUUCCUGAUCUUAUUGAAGGUACUCCAUAUGAGUUUCGCAUACGAGCUGUUAAUAAGGGAGGGCCAGGUGUUGCUUCUGACCCGACAAGUCCCCACAUUGCCAGACCAAAGAACUUGCCACCUAGAAUUGACCGCAAAUAUAUGCUGGAUGUUAAAGUUAAGGCCGGAGCAUUCUUUGACUUUGAUGUACCGGUUAUUGGCGAACCGCCACCAACCAAAGAGUGGAAUUUGAAAGGCAACACAGUCUCCAAUGACGACCGUAUAAAAAUUACCAACACGGAUUACAACACAAAGGUGCGUUUCAUGGACGCAAGACGCGCUGACACAGGUACAUACACAUUGACAGUCAAAAAUGUCAAUGGAGUAGACAGCGCAACAUUGGAAGUAAUUGUUAUGGAUGUGCCGUCACCUCCAGAGGGUCCUCUUAAAAUUGAAAACGUCACGAGACAUGGCUGCUCGCUCAGCUGGCGACUACCUCGUGAUGACGGUGGAUCUGAAAUCCUCCACUACACCAUCGAGAAAAUGGACUCGGAGAGUAUGCGAUGGGUGCCUGUGGCCGAAUCUGAGAUUUGUGCCUGGAAAGUUGACCAUUUGAUCGAAGGACAUCAGUACACUUUCCGCGUCCGUGCGGUCAACAAGAUUGGUGAAUCUUUACCACUGACCGGUCUCGAUGAAAUCACAGCCAAAGAUCCAUUUGGCAAACCCGACAAACCUGGACAACCAGUGGCCACAGACUGGGACAAAGACCAUGUGGAUCUUCAAUGGACGCCACCGAAAAAAGACGGCGGAUCGCCAAUUACUGGUUACAUUAUUGAGAAACGUCCUCGGUUUGGACAGUGGGAGAAAGCCAUUGAAGUAACGGGCAAAGACUGCACCGCACGUGUUCCAGAUCUCACUGAAGGUCAAGAAUACGAAUUCCGAGUGAUUGCAGUCAAUCAAGGCGGACAAGGUGAACCUUCAGAAGCAUCAGCGCCUGUUAUCACCAAACCGCGCUUCCAGAGACCGACAUUCGAUAAAAUGUUGAUGCGUGAUUUAACAGUUCGUGCUGGCCAGAAAAUCUGCUGGGAUCUUCCUAUUGAGGCAGCACCAAAACCUACUGCUUACUGGACUCUUAAUGGCAAACCCAUUGAACAAGAUGUUCGUCAUGAAAUAUUUACCACGACAACUAACACAACCUUUGAAAUCCCAUUCUCAGUACGAGCUGAUGCUGGUCGUUACACUCUGACUUUAGUAAAUGACGUAGGAAAAAUGUCAGCAAGUGCUCAUGUUACGGUACUAGAUCGUCCUUCGCCACCAGAGAAACCAUUGAUUGUCAGUAAUAUAUGUAAAGACAGCUGUCAUUUGUCUUGGCAACUACCACUCGAUGACGGCGGCAGCCCAAUUCUCCAUUACAUCGUCGAGAAGAUGGAUGUGUCACGUGGUACCUGGUCUGAUGCAGGUAUGGCGAUGACUCUGAACCAUGAAGUCUUCAGACUGACUCAUCGUAAAGAGUACUACUUCCGUGUUAAGGCUGUAAACAAUGUCGGGGAAUCAGAUCCACUUGAAACGACCCGCAGUAUUAUUGCUAAGAACGAAUUUGAUGAGCCUGAUGCACCUGGCAAACCAGUUAUCACCGACUGGGAUAAAGAUCACGUGGAUCUUAGCUGGCCGGCACCUGAAAAUAACGGCGGAUCGCCCAUCACUGGCUACAUUGUCCAGAAGAAAGAGAAAGGCAGCCCUUACUGGAUCAAUGCAGUCCAUGUGCCCAAUGAUAAAACCAGCGCAACUGCUCCAGAUCUUACAGAAGGAAUGGAGUAUGAAUUUAGAGUAAUUGCUGUCAAUGCAGCAGGACAAUCAGAACCCUCAGAACCUAGCGACGCAAUAAUUGCAAAGAGCCGUCAUCUUGCUCCGAAAAUUAAGACGCCAAUGGAAGACAUCCGUAUUAAAGCUGGAUUGGUCUUCCACGUGGACAUUGAUUUCGUCGGCGAACCAGCACCUGAAGUCACUUGGACUUUGAACAAAAAAGCUCUUCAGACAAAUGAACGAACGACAAUUACCUCAAUUGGAUAUCAUACUAUUGUACACACAGUCAACGCACAACGCGCUGAUUCAGGUCCCUACCAUCUGACGUUGAAGAAUGACAGUGGUACAGACGAAGGCAGCUUCAAUCUAAUUGUCCUUGACCGUCCCGGUCCUCCAGAAGGUCCUCUAGAGUAUGAAGAAAUAACCAGCCAAUCAGUCACUUUGUCUUGGAAACCACCGAAAGACAAUGGUGGCAGCGAAAUCACUGGAUACGUUAUUGAGAAACGUGAUCUCACUCAUGGAGGUGGUUGGGUACCAGCAGUUGCUCAUGUUAGUCCAACUCAGACUCACGCGACAGUUCCACGUUUGAUGGAAGGUUCCAAGUACGAGUUCCGCGUGUCUGCUGAAAACUUGCAAGGUCGCUCAGAUCCACUGAAAACAGACCGUGCUAUUGUGGCGAAGAAUCAGUUCGUCGUCCCUGGACAACCGGGUAAGCCCGAGUGCCUUGACGCUAGCAAAGAUCACAUCCAUAUUAAAUGGACACCGCCAAUUAGCAACGGAGGAUCAUCUAUCCUCGGUUACGAGAUUGAAAGACGUGACCGUGCUACCGGACGCUGGAUAAGAAUAAACAAAGAACUAGUAAAAGGACCAGACUAUCUUGAUGAACAUGUAGCUGAAAAUCAUCAAUACGAGUACCGUGUAUCAGCAGUGAAUGCUGCUGGAGCAGGAAAACCAAGUGACGCAUCUAAUGUCUUUGCUGCUCGACCAAUGAAAGAGAAACCUAAGCUCCAUCUUGAUGCUCUUCUUGGUCGUAAGAUUCGUGUACGCGCCGGCGAACCAAUACACGUUGAUAUUCCUAUCUCUGGAGCACCACCUCCGCGUGUUUCAUGGCACAAAGACGGUGGGGCUCUUGCUGAUAAUUGGCGUAUAUCCACGCAAACCAAGAGCGAACACACUGUUCUGCUUAUUGAGAAAUCAACCCGCGAAGACGCUGGAUUCUAUACUGUUGAAGCUACAAACGAAUUCGGUACUGAUAUGGCUGACAUUCAAGUGAUUGUCGUAGACAAACCUGAUCCUCCGAAAGGGCCACUUCUAUACUCAGGAACCAAUCACGAGUCAGUAUCUCUGUCAUGGAGUCCACCUGACGAUAACGGUGGAGCAGAAAUUACCAACUACAUCGUUGAAAUUUGUGACUUUGGUUCGGACAAUUGGAGACAAGUACCAGGUUUCUGUCCCACUUGUCACUUUACUGCACGUGGUCUCCAGGAAGGCCGUCGCUACGUAUUCCGAGUACGUGCUGAGAACCUCUACGGAGUUUCAGAGCCACUAGAUGGCAAACCCGUGGUAGCAAAGAGUCCAUUCGAUCCUCCAGGACCACCAAGUCAACCAGAAAUUCUUGGUUACACUCCCAACACAUGUACACUCACAUGGAAUCCACCAGAAAACACUGGUGGCAAGCCUAUUACUGGCUACUAUGUAGAAAAACGCGAACGCGGAGGCGAAUGGCUCAAGGUCAAUAAUUACGCGACACCUAAUACAACAUUCUCGGUGCAAGAUCUCCAUGAAGGCGGUCGCUAUGAAUUCCGUGUGAUUGCUGUCAAUGAAGCAGGCCCAGGUGAUCCAAGCAGAGCAACUGAACCGAUUGUUGCUGGACAUCAACGCUUACGACCUGAUGCUCCAGAACAGCCCAACGCAGAUCGUGUCACCAAGGACUCAGUCACUUUGUCAUGGCGGCCACCAAGAAAUGACGGAGGUGCUAAGAUACGUGGCUACUAUAUUCAAUCCAAGAGGAAGGACGAAUCAGACUGGUCAGAUGUUAAUGGAGCUCCUAUUUCCGGACUAAUUUACACUGUACCCAAGCUAAGACUCGGUGAUGAAUAUCAAUUCCGUGUAAUAGCUAUGAAUGAUGUUGGCAAGAGUGAACCGAGUCGUCCGACCAACCCCAUUACCAUUGAAGAGCAGCCCAACAAACCGAUCAUGGACUUGGGAGGCGUACGCGACAUUACAGUACGCGCUGGAGAAGAUUUCAGUAUCCACGUGCCAUAUGUUGGUUUCCCAAGACCAACAGCUGCCUGGUUUGCCAAUGAUGUCGUGUUAGAUGAAACAGACAAACGAGUCCAUCAACAACUCGGCGAUGACUAUGCCAGUAUCGUCGUCAAAAAUUCACGACGAUCUGACGGAGGACAGUAUCGUCUCCAGCUGCGUAAUUCAUCUGGUUUUGACACAGCAACUGUCAACGUUCGAGUUUUGGAUCGUCCAAGUCCACCACAGAAUCUACGAGCCGAUGAAUUUGCCGGUGAUGCACUCACACUGUACUGGAACCCGCCUAAGGACAACGGCGGUGCUGAUAUCACGAACUACGUUAUUGAGAAACGCGAAGGUAAAGCUCAGACAUGGACGAAAAUCAGUGGCUACGUUACUGCGCCAUUUGUUCGUGUGCGUAAUCUCAAUAUCGGUCAAGAGUACGAGUUCCGUGUGAUGGCAGAAAAUCAGUACGGCACUUCAGAUCCUGUUGAAACAAAAGAACCUAUCAAAGCACGUUAUCCAUUUGAUCCACCGAGCGCACCGGGUGUUCCUCAAGGUGUUGAGACAACUGAAGACAGUAUUACUAUCACAUGGUCACGUCCACGCAGCGAUGGAGGAUCACCGAUCACCGGUUACAUUAUUGAAAAACGUUUGCUGAGUGAAGACAAAUGGAUCAAAGCAACACCAGCACGUAUCCCCGACACAACGUACAAAGUAGGCGGACUUAUUGAGAAUCACGACUACGAGUUCCGCGUAGCGGCAGUCAAUGCUGCUGGUCAAGGCCCAUGGAGCAUGAGCUCAGACGCGAUUCGUGCAGCAGCCCCACAAUUCGCCCCGAAGAUUACCAGCGACUUGAGCAUUCGUGAUAUGACGGUAAUUGCAGGAGAACAUUUCACUAUCACAGUUCCCUACACUGCCAAUCCAAGACCUAAACCCAACUGGUCAAUCAAUGGCGAAGAAGUCCUUCAAGAUGACAGAAUCAAGUUCGAGACCACUGACAUUGCCUCGCAAUUCAUCAACCGCAAGGCUAAGAGAAGUGACACCGGCUGCUACACCAUUCAACUCUCCAAUAUCAUUGGAACAGACUCAGCUUCAUGCAGAGUUCUGGUUGUUGACAAACCAUCUCAUCCUCUUGGACCACUCGAUGUCUCUGAUAUCACUCCCGAGACAUGCACAUUGUCAUGGAAACCACCGUUCGAUGAUGGCGGUUCACCAGUUACCAACUACGUUGUUGAAAAAUUGGACCCUGGCGGUUACUGGGUAAAAUUGAGCAGCUUCGUACGUAACACCCACUACGAAGUGAUGGGUCUUGAACCCAACAAGAAAUUCAAUUUCCGGGUGCGUGCUGAAAAUCAGUACGGAGUAUCAGAGCCCCUUGUUGGUGAUGAACCGAUUAUGGCUAAAUUCCAAUUCAACGUACCCGAGCCUCCAGGUCAACCACGUGUCAUCGACUGGGACACUGACAGCAUCACAAUAUCAUGGGACAAACCAGUCUCAGACGGUGGAUCACGCAUCCAGGGCUACAAAGUUGAAUAUCGCGAUCCAACAGACGGCAGCCACUGGCGCAUAGCCAAUGACUAUCUCGUCAAAGACACCCAAUACAUUUGCUACGGAUUGGCCCGUGGUCAAGAAUAUGAAUUCCGUGUUCGGGCACAAAAUGCCGCUGGACUCAGCAAACCCAGUCCACCAUCCAUACAAUUUAAAUUACGCAGCAAAUUCAACGUACCCUCACCACCUGGUACUCCUCAGGUUAUCAAAGUUGGCAAGAACUACGUCGACUUACGUUGGGAAGCGCCAACAUCAGACGGUGGAAGCCGAAUCACUGGUUAUGUUAUUGAGAAACGUGAAAUUGGAUCGGCGAUAUGGUUGAAGUGCAAUGAUUACAACGUAGUAGACUUAGAUUACACGGUGAUGCAUUUGAUCGAAAGAGGUGACUAUGAAUUCCGUGUGUUUGCUGUCAAUGCUGCUGGCAGAUCAGAGCCAAGCUCAUGCACGACACCCGUUAAAGUCUGUGAAGUUGAAGGUGGCGAGAAACCCGAGUUCACCAAACCACUGCCAAUCAGCCAAGGUGUUCCACUGGGCAAGACCUAUGUCUUGGAGUGCGAGGCAACUGGUAAACCAAUGCCGACUCCUAGAUGGCUGCGCAAUGGACGUGAAAUCACAAUGGGCGGACGAUUUAGAUCCGAAACACGUGAUGACGGUCUAUUUAGACUGGUCAUAUCAGAAGUAUGGGAAGCUGACAGCGGUGACUACAGUUGUCAAGCUGCUAAUCCAUUGGGAAUUGCUACAACGACAAUGAGACUGAAGAUUGGAACGCCACCGAAGAUAGAACGUAUGCCGAGUGCGCUUUAUCUGCCAGAGAAAGACAACACGAAGAUCAAGAUCUUCUACAGCGGUGAUCAGCCAAUGGACGUGAUGCUGAAGAAGGAUGGAUCCAGAGUAAUCGAAUCACCGCACAUCAAAUACACAAUCUUUGACGAGUACUUGAUUAUUUUCAUCAAAGAUAUAAAUCGUGAAGAUGAAGGUGUCUAUGAGCUGUCUAUCAGCAAUGACAGCGGCAGUGUAAGUGGGUCAUUUACUGCCCACGUCACUGGACCACCUGGACCACCAGUAGGACCACUUGAAGCUUCUGACAUUGAUAAGCACACAUGUACACUCGCUUGGCAUCCGCCCAAGACAGACGGUGGUCUUCGUGUAACUCACUACGUCGUAGAACGACGUGAUGUUACACAAGGACACUGGUUAACCAUCUGCAGUAGUGUGAAAGACACCACGUUCACUGUCCAAGGACUCACAGAAAGUCACGAGUACAUGUUCCGCGUGAUGGCUGUCAAUGACAACGGAAUGGGUCCAGCUUUGGAAGGUACAAAUCCCGUCAAAGCCAAGGCACUAUUCGAUCGCCCAGGACCUCCCGGAACACCCAAAGUCUUGGAGAUUGGAGGCGACUUUGUCAACUUGUCUUGGACUAAACCGGAGACUGAUGGAGGCGCUAGAAUUCAAGGCUACUGGAUCGACAAACGCGAAUCAGGAACAAUGGCUUGGCAACGUGUCAACAUACUCAUUUGCCCUACGACUCAGAUAAACGUCAGCAAUUUAAUCGAAGGUCGUCAGUACGAAUUCCGUGUGUUUGCACAAAAUCAAGCGGGACUCAGUACAGAAUCAACUGCCUCUACCUCAGUAAAGAUCGUUGAUCCGCAAGUCGCUAAACCUCCAGAGAUAAUUAAGGGUCUGAAGAACGUCAACUGCGCCCAGAAUGCCAAUGCAACAUUCAAGUGCAUUAUCUCAGGUACACCCGCGCCUAAUAUCACUUGGUACAAGGGAGCUCGUGAGCUUCAGAACAGCAGCCGUUACCAGAUAUACUCUGAAAGCGACUGCCAUACUCUGGUGAUCCAAGAUGUCUUUGGUGAGGACGCAGACGAGUACAUCUGCCGUGCAUCCAACAAAGGCGGUCACAAAUCGACUAAAGGCGAACUAUUUAUCAUGACACCACCAAAACUUAAUGUUCCUCCGCGAUUCCGUGACACUGCGUUCUUCGACAAGGGCGUGAAUGUCGUAAUAAAAAUUCCAUUCACUGGAUUCCCCAAGCCCAAGAUCACUUGGAUACGCGAAGGUGAGACUAUCGAGUCAGGUGGUCACUAUCACGUGGAACUGAAAGAACGUCAUGCAAUCUUGACUAUCAGAGACGGUAAUCGCAUUGAUUCAGGCCCGUACCGUAUUACGGCUGAAAAUGAACUAGGACAAGACUCAGCUAUAAUUAAAAUUCAAAUCAGUGACCGUCCUGACCCACCACGAUUCCCAGUUAUUGACAAUAUCGGCCACGAUUCACUUGCACUGACAUGGAAGCCCCCGAUAUGGGACGGCGGCAGCAACAUUACGAACUACGUUAUUGAAAAACGUGAAGCUCCGAUGACCAGCUGGAUUCGUUGUGGCAUGACGCGAUUCACCAGCUUCGCAGUACAAGAUCUAAGCCCUGGUCACCAGUAUGACUUCCGCGUAUGCGCGGAGAACGUCUACGGACGAUCAGACCCAAGUGAGGUGACGCCUCUGAUCACUACGAAAGGCGCAAAGGCAAAACCACCCCAGAAACGGGAAGUACGUUACGACGAAACUGGCAAAAAGAUCCGCGGCAGCAGUGACGAAAAAGUACGCGACUAUGAUCAAUACGUCUUUGACGUCUACAGCAAAUACGUACCCCAGCCUGUGGAAAUAAAGACAAUGUCAGUCUACGACAAGUACGACAUACUAGAAGAAAUCGGUACCGGUGCUUUCGGUGUCGUUCAUCGUUGCCGCGAACGAGCCACCGGCAACAUAUUUGCCGCUAAAUUUAUUCCCGUAUCCCACAUUAUGGAGAAGGAAUUGAUCAGAAAGGAAAUAGACAUUAUGAACCAAUUACAUCAUCCCAAAUUAAUAAACUUACACGAUGCAUUUGAAGAUGACGAUGAAAUGAUACUGAUCUUUGAAUUUUUGUCGGGCGGAGAAUUAUUCGAGCGAAUAACUGCCGAAGGCUACACAAUGUCUGAAGCUGAAGUUAUAAAUUACAUGAGACAGAUUUGCGAGGGAAUUAAACACAUGCACGAGAAGAAUAUCAUCCAUUUAGACAUCAAGCCAGAAAAUAUCAUGUGUCAAAUGAGAAACAGUACAAAUGUUAAGCUUAUUGACUUUGGCUUGGCCACCAAAUUAGAUCCCAAUGAAGUUGUCAAGAUCAGCACAGGAACUGCCGAAUUCGCGGCGCCCGAAAUCGUCGAACGCGAACCCGUCGGUUUCUACACAGACAUGUGGGCUUGUGGUGUCCUUGCUUACGUGUUACUCAGCGGUCUGUCGCCAUUCGCUGGAGACAACGACAUAGAAACACUGAAGAAUGUAAAGGCAUGCGACUGGGACUUUGACGAAGAGGCAUUCAGACACGUGUCCGAUGAGGGCAAAGACUUUAUCCGUAGACUACUGAUUAAGAAUAAAGAAAAACGUAUGACUGCACACGAGUGUCUUUUGCACCCCUGGUUGACUGGUGACCACAGUGAUUUGACUGGCAGAAUCGCCAACAGUCGUUACAUCCGGUUCCGUGAUAGAUUACGUGCUAAGUAUGAAGACUGGGAGAAAUAUGUUCUGCCAAUUGGACGGCUGGCUGAGUACUCAUCGCUUAGGAAAUUACUUAUUGAAAAAUACAAAAUUUACGACUCGACCUUCGAUCGAAGGCAGGCAGCACCAAGAUUUGUCAUCAAACCACAAAGUGCUUUUACAUAUGAGGGACAGAGUGUUAAAUUCACGUGUCGCGUGAUAGCAAUCGCGGCUCCAACACUCACGUGGUUCCACAAUAACCAGGAACUCAGACAAUCUGUUAAAUUUAUGAAGAGGUAUAUUGGAGAUGACUACACCUUUAUUAUCAAUAGAUCCAAGUUGGAAGACAGAGGAGAGUAUGUCAUUCGUGCUGAGAAUCAUUAUGGAUAUCGGGAAGAAGUUGUAUUCCUUAAUGUCCAACCUCUGCCGAGAGAAAUGCCGCCAUACAAACCGGAAGUUACUCCGAUACGUAGACGUGAGCCGUUACCACAAUACUUCUGGCUGGAGACAACAGAGUCUGCGCCCAGUUUCACCUUUGAACUGCGACCUCGUGUCAUGCAGGAACGACAGACCUGCAAGCUGCUCUGUUGUCUCAGCGGCAAACCUCCACCGUCUGUCAGGUGGUUCAAAGACAGUCGCGAGUUAUCCAAGCACGAGUACGCGAUGUCGCAUUCCGAUGGUGUCGUCACUAUGGAAAUCAUCGACUGCAGACCUUCGGACAGUGGAAAAUACAAAUGCGUAGCUACUAAUUGCCAUGGAUAUGAUGAAACUGAUUGUGUUGUCAUCGUAGAAGGAAUGGGUGAGACUGAAGAACAAGAAAAAUUAGCCAAUAGUAUCUUGCAUUCUGGAGACCGUCGAUUUAUUGAACACGCAAUUAAACCAGCGCCUGCACAAAUUGUCAUCAAACAACAAUUCAGCAGUUACUCGAGUCAAAAUAAAAACUCAACAUUCUCAAGAUCGACGACUGACUAUUCUUCAGACAAGAAAAGUAUGAAGAAAUACGGAACGAAAUUAGACUCUACUGGUAGUCCAUCAAGAUCUAGAAACGCAACGAAAGAACUUUUAUAUCCAUCAGAUGAUUCAAUGCGACAGCCAGAAUUUAUAACAAAAUUAAAAGAUCUUAAAGUCAACGAUGGCGAGCAGUUGGAAUUGAGUGUCAAAGUUGAUGGCGAUCCUGAACCUCAGAUUACGUGGACAAAGAAUGGAAAAACUUUGAGGUCAUCGGAAGUAGUAGACCUUAAAUACAAGAACCGAGUAGCAACUCUUGUAAUAAAUGAAGUAUUCCCAGAAGAUGAAGGUGAAUACACGUGUAAGGCAACAAACAGUAUGGGUACAACAAGUACAUCAUGUAAAUUAACUAUCAAACCAAUGACAAAUGCGAGCGGUAAAAAAUCUGGUGGCGACAAACCGCCGAAGAUUGUCGACCAUCUGAAGAGCAUGUACGUCAAAGACGGGGAGUCAGUCGUACUGAGCUGCCGAAUAAUUGGCGCCAAGAAGUUUGACGUCGUCUGGCUUCACAAUAACAAGGAAAUAAAACCCAGCAAAGACUUCAAUUACACAAAUGAAGCCAAUAUAUAUAAGCUUACUAUUGCGGAAAUUUUCCCCGAGGAUUCAGGCACUUACACGUGCGAAGCAUUCAACGACGCCGGUGAAAGCUUUUCUUCAUGUACACUCAAUGUUCUUGUUCCUAAUGAGGAACCAAAGAGCCCAGUGUUCGCGACAUUCCCAGAGUCGGCAACAGUAAACGAAGGUGAAUCAGUAAACUUUGCCUGCCGGACUGAAACUGCACCACUAAAGGUAACAUGGCUGAAAGAUGGUAAACCAAUUGACGAAUCAAGUAGCAGAUAUCUAUUUAGUUCAGACGGCGAUAAAUCCUUCGAAAUACGUAUUAAAUCAUGUACAGCUGGUGAUAUUGGUCAGUACACCGCGCGAGCGAUUGGUAAAAAGGGCGAAACAAUAUCAGCGUUUGCAUUAAAUGUCAAAAAUCCUCACGAUCAGUGAGUGUCGCUGACACUUUAAUUAAUUAUUAUUAUUUUUUUUUUUUUUUUCAUCUCAUUACAAGAAAAAAUAAUAUAAAUAACAAAAGUCACAAUGAGACAUUCAUUAAUUUAAAUUAAUUGAUUUUACUAAAGUUUCAAAAGUUUAUGGCAACCAAAUGAAUAAUGAAUGUAUAAUUAAUAAUUAAACAACGUCAUGAGCGUUAAUCAUUUAAUUUUCAUGUAUAAAAUAUUAAGAUAAUCAUUUAUUUAUUUAUUACUAUUAUUUACUAUUAUUAUAAUUAUUAUUACUUAUUACUUAUUACAAGAUAAAAAAAAAAAAAAACGUUUUCUUUCUGUGUGUUUGUCAUAAUGCAUUAAUAAUCGGAUAGCAGAUUCAUUUUUGCACGCUAAUAAUUAUUUAUGCCAAUUUGUUAAUGCACGAUUAUAAAAAAAAAUUAUUAUUGUAAUUAGUAUCGUCAAUGAUUUUAAUUAAUUAUGGAUUAUAAAUAAUAUUUACAAGCCCAGCAUCCUCAAUAAAAACAAAAAAAUAAUAUCGUAACUCUUGUAAAUAUUAUUUGUAAAAAAUAAAAAUUAUCUCUCCCAUAAUUAGAAAAAAAAAUUCAUAAUUGAUUUAAAUAAUUUGAUGAUACAUAAUUUUAUUAUUUAUUUUUAUUCCAAUGUAAUCAUAAUAACGAAAUAAAACUAUCGUGUUAAUUUUGUUUUAAGACUGCUUCCGUUAUAAUUUUAAAAAAUUAAUUGAAA